AUGGCAAAAUGGGCCAUUAUCUUUGUAGCAUUUGAUCUGAAAUUUAUUGCAAAAAAAGCAAUCAAAGGCAAUGUGAUAGCAGAUCACCUAGCUGCAUCCCCUGGUGAUGCCGAAAUAGCAAAUGUCAGGUUUCUAGAUGAAGACAUCCUUCCAAUCCAAACAGGCCAGUGGAAGAUGUAUUUUGAUGGAGCUACUAAUUAUCAGGGUUACGACGUUGGUAUAGUUAUAGUAACUCCAGACGGGAAACAAUUGCCCUUUAGUAUUAAGUUGGCAUUUCAAGUCACUAAUAAUGAGGCAGAAUAUGAAGCAUGUAUUGUAGGGUUUGAAGCAACGUUGAGGAUUCAGGUCAAGCACCUAACAGUUUAUGGGGACUCCAUUCUGAUCGCCUCUCAAGCGCUAAAGAAGUGGAAGAUCAAAGAGCAGCGUUUGGUCCCAUACCUUCGACGCCUUGAUCAGUUAGCUCAGCAGUUUGAAGAAUUAUCAUUUCACUACUUGCCCCGGGCUAAGAAUUAG